AUGGGACUAAGAGCUCUCUUCAAGCGCAACAAGAAGAAACAGAGACAGGCGAGAUCCCUUGAGGAGGAAUCGGAAUUGGAGCAGGUCGUCAAUAACAAAUUCGAUGUCAAUGGCGACGGGAAAAUCUCGGAAUUGGAGCAGGUGUUCAAUAAAUUCGAUGUGAACGGCGACGGGAAGAUCUCUGCGGCAGAAUUGGGGUCGAUUAUGGGGAGUCUCGGCCACGCGGCGAGCGAGGAGGAUCUGGCGUUCAUGAUCCGCGAGGUCGACGCCGACGGCGACGGAUUUAUCGACCUCCAAGAGUUUAUCGAGCUCAACACGGAAGGCGUUGGGUUGGAGGAGCUGCUCCAGAAUCUCAAGGACGCUUUCCAGGUAUUUGAUAUCGAUCGCAACGGCUCAAUCUCCGCGGAAGAGCUGCAGAAAGUGCUCGGCAGCCUCGGGGAGGAGUGUAGCAUCGACGACUGCCGGAAGAUGAUCAGCGGCGUUGAUGUCGACGGCAACGGGACCAUUAGCUUUGACGAGUUCAAGGUAAUGAUGAUGAAGGGAUCGCGGUUCGACGCUGCCGAUUAA